GUAGCGUGUAGUUUCUUUCGCUUCCAUUAAAGACUACAACUACCGCGGAUACUUGCAUGUCAACAACAGAGUGCGGACACAUAACAACCACGAAAGGAGUAGAAGUCGUGUGGUGCCUGUGGCUGUGCUCAGACUGGGUAUGAUGGACCUGGUGAUGGAUGCGUUAAAGGCGCUGGUGCCUCCGGAGCCCACUGGGAUGUCUGUGUCCAUUGGGCUGUUUAUGCUCUUCCUGGGCCUCCUCUACUGGUAUUCCAUCUAUCCAUACUCGGUUCUAGAGCGCUGUGGAGUGCCGCACCCGAGGCCCACGCCGUUCUUUGGGAACCUGAUGCUAUUCCGACAGGGCUUUUUGGAACCUCUCAAAGACCUUAUCAACACUUAUGGACGAGUUUGUGGAUAUUACCUAGGCCGGAGACCUGUUAUUGUAAUUGCGGAUCCAGACAUGUUAAGGCAGGUGAUGGUGAAGGAUUUCAGCCUGUUUCCCAACAGGAUGAGAGUGCGCUUCUCCAGUAAGCCCAUGAGUGACUGUCUUCUAAUGCUGACUGAUGAACAGUGGAAGCGAGUGCGCAGUAUCCUCACGCCGUCCUUCAGUGCUGCCAAGAUGAAAGAGAUGGUGCCAUUGAUCAACACAGCCACUCAGACAUUACUGACCAGCCUUGAAGGAUAUGCAGAAAGUGGCCAGAGCUUCGACAUUCACAAGUCUUUGGGCUGCUUCACCAUGGAUGUUAUAGCCAGUGUGGCUUUCGGGCUGCAGUUGGACUCCCAGAAUGAUCCCGAUGACCCGUUUGUGCACCACGCCCAGAAGUUCUUCUCCUUCUCCUUCUUUCGGCCCAUCGUGUUUGUGUUCAUCAUGUUUCCCUUCCUGGUUCCCCUCCUGCGGCUCUUACCCAGUAAGAACCGGGAUGAGAUGAACAUAUUCUUCAUCAGCUGCAUCAAGAAAAUGAUCCAGCAACGAGAUGAGCUGCCACCUGACCAGCGACGUCGCGACUUCCUGCAACUAAUGCUUGAUGCGCGGUCUACCAAGGAGUCUGUGUCGCUCGAGCAGUUUGACAUUGUCAACCAAGCAGACGAGGUUUGCCCUGCAUCGCACACACACUCCGCGGGACACGCAGUCAACGGCGCGGCCCAAGAGGACGGCGAGGAGUCGCCCAGACGGCCGCACACACACACCCCGACACAAAGCCAGGCGCAGAAGAGGGUGAUGACGGAGGAUGAGAUUGUGGGCCAGGCCUUCAUCUUUCUGCUGGCGGGCUACGAGACGAGCAGCAACACGCUGGCGUUUACCUGCUACCUGCUGGCCACACACCCCGACUGCCAGGAGAGACUGCAGCGAGAGGUGGACGACUUCUUUAGCAGACACGACUCUCCGGAUUACAAUAACGUUCAAGAGCUGAAGUACAUGGACUUGGUGGUAUCAGAGACCCUCAGGAUGUACCCUCCAGGCUUCAGGUAUGCGCGUACUGUGGAGGAAGACUGUGUGGUGAAUGGGCAAUUCCUGCCUAAAGGAGCAACGCUGGAGAUUCCUGCAGGUUUCCUGCACUAUGACCCUGAACACUGGCCUGAACCAGAGAAAUUCAUCCCAGAGAGGUUCACAGCCGAGGCGAAAGCGAGCCGCCACCCCUUUGUGUACCUCCCCUUUGGGGCGGGGCCUCGCAGCUGUGUGGGCAUGCGAUUGGCCCAGCUGGAGAUGAAGAUGGCAUUGGCUCUCAUUCUCCAGCGCUUCACUGUGGAGGCCUGCAGUGAGACCAAGGUCCCUCUGGAGUUAAAGUCCAACAGCACCCUGGGCCCAAAGAACGGCAUCUUGGUCAAAAUCACCAUAAGGGAAUCAUCACACAGCUCACAGGACUGAUGAAGGGAUGGCACGGGCCUGUUUGGACUUAUCUGGUUCCGCACUGAUUUAUUAACUCAUUAAAACAAUGUCUAUCUGUC